GUUCUGCGCAUGACUAGAAGGGAUCACGUGUGUGACGCAGCAGAACACAGCAGAGAGAAGCGCGCGUUGGUCAGCGGAGAUAAAGAAAGGCAAUUGAUAAAGUUCUUAUAUUGAUCAACAUGGUGAAAGGAGACGUUAAUAAACCCAAAGGAAAGACAUCUGCGUAUGCUUACUUCGUCCAGACCUGUCGUGAUGAACACAAGCGCAAAAGUCCAGAAGUUCCAGUCAACUUCUCCGAGUUCUCCAAGAAAUGCUCCGAGAGAUGGAAGACCCUGACCGCUUCAGACAAGAGCAAGUUUGAAGACAUGGCGAAAUCAGAUAAAGUUCGUUAUGACAAGGAGAUGAAGACUUAUGUGCCACCCAAAGGUGUCGGUAAGACGGGCAGAAAGAAGAAAGACCCCAAUGCCCCAAAACGACCCCCAUCUGCGUUCUUCGUGUUUUGCUCUGAGUAUCGACCAACGGUGAAGAGCGAGCACCCCAAUCUGUCCAUUGGGGAGACCGCGAAGAAGCUGGGUGAAUUGUGGUCCAAGCAGAGCAGCAAAGACCGCGUACCGUUUGAACAGAAGGCCAUGAAACUGCGCGAGAAAUACGAGAAGGAUGUUGCAGCGUAUCGCGCAGGGGGCGGAGCUGGGGCAAAGAGAGGGCCGGGUCGACCCACCGUCUCGGCUAAAAAAGCCCAGGUAGAAGAUGAUGAUGAUGAUGAUGACGACGACGAGAUGGAGGACGAGGAAGAUGAGGAGGAGGAAGAUGAUGAGGACGACGACGAGUAGAGUUUGUGUUUGAAGCAUCACUGGUGUAGGGGGGGUGGGGGGUAAUUAGUUUUUUUAUUAUGUUUGUUUUUCCAUCAUGUACAUGUUUUUACACCGAACGUCUCCAGCAAUAAUGAAAAUGUAAAAUGGUUCAUUAGAUUGCUUUAUUUUUGUUAACGUCCAGCAGUUUGAUCCAACAUUGUGUAGAAAAACUAAUUUUUUUUUUUUUUAAUAAAAUUUUUACGAUUUUGAAAUAAUUGUUGGUUCCUGGUGAAUUUGAUUCAAUAGUGAUACUGGAUUUUGUUGAUAAAAGAUAACUAGUGUCUUGGAACAAAGCUGAUGACCAAUUAAUGGGCAAAUAGUGUAUAUUAAUAUUUCAGUUUUAAGUACUUCUUAACCCUCCAAUUGUCUUAGGGUCAUUUUUGACCCAGGACAGGUAAAGAAUUCAUCAAAAAUAGUUUUUGGUACCAAAACCAAACAUUGUGACUUUGUCAUGACCAUCAAAACAAAGUAAAAUAAUUUGGUAUAUAACUGUUCUAAGCAAAACGAGAAUUUAAAACAAUUUGUUCCUUUCAUUGUCUUAACCAUUUAAGUUUGGUUUGGCCAGCGAGGGGAAACAAUAUUUUUGGCAAAAUAUUAAUAACUACAGUCUUGACCAACACAAAAUAGGUAUUGUUUGAAAGCUUAGAUGUAGACAUUAUGACCAAAACUGAAUAAGUGCUUUGAAAUUUGCAUACAAAUCAGCUUUGCUUUGAUAAUUAGAAAAAAAAAAUUGUACUGUACAUAUUAUUGCAAUCAGUAAAAACAUCAAACUCAUCAAAUAGUCAUGUGUCAUAUGUUGUUGGAAAGCUUUCAAAAAGUAAAAUACAACCAUCCUAUUUGUUUUACAGACUAAAAUAUAGCGAGUAAUAGCUAAGUAUAUGUCUUUGACAAUUAUGUUUAUGUUGCUUAUAUGCCACAUUUUCACUUAUAACUUCAUAAUAUAUAACCGGAACAUAAAAUAUCACAUAGCAUUACUUAGAGGAGGUGAUUAUCUUUCAAACGAGUCCACACACAAUAUAAUCAGAUGCAUAGAUCAUUAGAUAAUCCACAUGAAGCACAAUGUUACAUAUGACCACCAGGAGAUGGCACCAAAUACAUGAUACAGACUCAAUGAUGACUCAAAUGACACAGAAUGAAACUCAUUCUGUGAAAUCUCAUUACUAAAAUCAUGUCUGCAUGCUAUACAAACCUUUAGUCAUUGUUGUGUUUGCAUGUGUAAUUAGUUCUUUGUCAUGGGCUUUUCUUGUGUAAUGAAAUAAUCUCCUCUAUUAGCUUUUGUGACUGCUUAUUUUUAAUUGUAUUGUUUGCAUAAUACAUUUUUGCUUACGACAAUAAACGUAAAUAAGUGCCAUUGCA